AUGGCAGUCGACACCGUUCAAAACUCCACAAUCAACGUGUGCUUGUCGGAUCAAUGGAGGACUCCGAUUCCGAUCAACACUCAUCCUUAUUACACCAUCGACAGCACCAACAGCGUCUCAUUCGGCGUCAUUUCCAGCAGCUACGAGCUCGUCGAAACCGAGAAGCAGAGGAAGCAGCACUCCUCUGCAUGGCCUUGGGCGUUGGGGGUGGUCCAAUGCGACGUUUGA